CCCACUUCCAAAGCUUUACGAACGGCAAACGCACCAACGCGAUGUCUUUCUUCUACCUUAGUUUUCACUCAAAAUCCCUCCAUGAACACACUUUUCUUUGUUUGUUAUAAGCGAGAAAGAUCGUAGGCUGGCGAGAUCUAGCCAGACAAGCCGGUUCGCAUCUCAAUACCAGAUCAAAUUAUUCAAUCAAGCACAUUAUUCGAAGCCAUUUUCAAAUCUCUUCUUCGCGGUAAGUGUCGAUCUGAUUUCCUUCAUUCCAAUCCUUAAUUGGAGAAGCAAAUUGAAGAAUUUUCGCCGGGAAAAUUUUUCGCGGAGGUUCUGAGAAUUGGAUAAGGGGUAUAGUAUUCCUACUUUUUCCAGUUUGCGUCUAUGUUUGGAAGUACUGUGACAGUUCCUAACAAUAGUCCGCAUUUGAGGAAGUCUGGAAGCAGACCGGUAGUCUCUGACCUUGGUGAUGAGCUGGGUAAUGGUGUAGAUGAGGGUGUCUUACAUUCUGUAGAGAUGAAUGAUAUUUGGAAUGCAAGCACAACUAUUAGUACUGCUGCAAUCAUGCCAUCUCCUACAUUCUUAUGGAGAUUUAAGGUACUAUUGUUCUUUAUCUGGGGCUUCAUUUGCUGCAAGAUUGGGUGGGAUUCUGUUAUGAGAAUGAGUGUGGAGUUGAGAGAUCGUUUCCUAUAUGAGGCAUUUUUGUAUUACAAUCCUCUUCUUCUUGUGACGAUGAUGGUUUGGCUUUGGGGAAUCAAUUUAUGGGUUUUUUCCCAGUCAACUGUUAACUAUGCGAAGAUCUUCGACCUUGAUCAAAAUCAUCUAACUCAUAGAGAAAUAUCGAAGAAUGGAUAUGGUUCACAAGUUUGGUUGAAAGUGUGCUACCUGGAUGACUAUUGUUGUUCCAACAAGCAUGACAGCUUAUCUUUAUCUUUAUUCUCAUGGGGAAGUGUCAUUGGCUGCAUCUCAACCAGUGUGCUUUUAUACUGUGCUGUUGCAAUGAUUUUGAUAUUCCCUUUUGAUAUUUUUUAUUUGUCAUCCCGCUACUAUUUCUUAAGGACUCUUUGGCGGAUAGUUCUCCCGCUACAGGCAAUAACAUUUUCUGACUUCUUUGUGGCUGAUAUUCUAACAUCCAUGGCAAAGGUGUUUUCUGAUUUGGAGCGAUCAGCAUGUAGAAUGGUGCAUCGGCAGGUUGCUACCAUUGCAUGGUUCGAAGCUGAUUCUGUUUGUGGAAGUCAUUCGGUUGCCAUCCCUUUAGUUCUUGUUUUGCCCUACCUUUUUCGCUUGUUCCAAUGCCUCCGUCAAUACAAGGAUAUGAAGGAGAAAACAUCCCUUUUUAAUGCCUUCAAAUAUUCAACUGCAGUCCCAGUUAUUUUUCUGUCAGCCCUUAAAUACCACGUCCUUCCUGAAAAAUGGACAAACUUUUAUCGACCUCUCUGGCUUCUUUCUAGUGUUCUGAACUCACUGUAUUCAUUCUACUGGGAUGUGACACGAGAUUGGGACUUGAGUGGCUUCACUCGGAUUUUCAAAUUCAACAAGCCUCACCUGUGCACAUACCUUCUAUAUGGACGAAAAUGGGUCUACUUUUGGGUGAUCGGGAGCAAUUUGAUCCUCCGUUGCACAUGGACAUACAAGCUAUCUGCCCAUCUCCGCCAUAAUUACCUAACUGUUUUUACGAUUGCCGCCUUGGAGAUUCUUCGACGCUUCCAAUGGGUCUUCUUUCGUGUUGAAAACGAGUGGAUUAAAAUGAGCUCAAAGUCCAAUAUUCAGCUGUCUUCUACUGAGACUUCCAGUGAGGAAGCCGAAUUACUUUCAAACGAUCACAACGUAUAGAUGAAACGAAUGCGUGUCAGGAGUAGCAGCAGCAUCUGGGGUUAUGAGCAGUAUUCUCCACAUUUUGGCUAUAAAGGUUCAUUUUUUAAUUUUUAAUUUUCAUUUUAUAUAACCAUACUAAAUUUUGUUUUUGCCAGUAGAAAAUCGUUUUGUUAACACCUCAUUGUAAAAAAUAUUAAAUUUGAGAGCUCAGUGGAGGAGGUUCAUGAUUGGAAGUUGAAAAAAUAGGGUAAUAUGAGAUUUAAGCAGAUCACUUUCUGCCUAUAAUAA